AACAUUGCGCUCCCAGUUGCCGGGUACAGUGGAGGUUUAUGUAAUUUGUAAGCAUACUUUUACGUCCCUAAAUCAAGCAUUUACCUCAUCUCUGGAUGAUGCUUUCGGCUGUGGGACGGUUAACGAGGGCAGUGACAACAUCGCUACACGCGUACCACAAUGUACGAAGCAUCCAUCAAGCGUCAACCCUCCUUGCCGGUCACUCGAAGUGGCAAAACAUACGACACGUGAAGGCGCUCAACGAUGGACGGAAGGCGGUAUUAUUCAUCAAACUAGCUCGACAAAUUCGGCUUGCUGUGCAAGCUGGAGGACCAAACCCGGCCGUCAACAAUGUGCUGCGGGCAGCGAUUGAUGAAGCGUUGAAGAGAAAUAUGCCCAACGCCACCAUACAGGGCAUACUGAAGAAGUGCACCAGCCAGUCGGUAGAGCUGAAGAAAUACACACUUGAAAUUAAGGCACUGGAUCAGGUGAAUGUCAUCUGCGUCCUGUACACCGACCGGUUUGCCCAGCUGAAGAUGGAUAUGGCAACAAUAUUACGGAAGAAUUUUGCACUAUUCUUCGAUACGAUGCAUGCAUUUGAUGAGAGGGGAUUUGUGGAAGCGAUUGCGCCGGCCGAUGUGAAGUCCGACGAUCUGCUUUCCGUUUGCACCGACCACGCUAUCGAAACGGGUGCCGAAGAUAUUGAAGUGAUGGAUGAAAGCAGUCGACUGAUAAGGUUCCUGUGUGAUCCCCGGGAUUUGGAUAAGGUGAAAAAGGAGCUGGAAAAGUUAAACUAUUCCGUGGAGCAUAGCGAGCAUGCCUUCUUCCCCAAAUCCACCAUCAAGCUAAACCCCGAUGCGAUGGAAGCAUACGAAAAGCUAAAAGAGAAGCUCAAAGCCAUGGAAGGCGUGGAGGACAUUUACGAUAAUGUGGAGCUAACCGGGUAGAGCGAGACAAUUAAGGCGUGCAAUGCAAAGUAUUUUCACCGGGACAAUGCUUUUAUUGAAUAGAUUACUCUGCGUUUGGUUGGAUGCUUAAACGUAACAA